AUUAAUGUUUUGUACCAUAAGUUUGCUUGAAGUAUCCGAUAUUUUUUUCCUGUGGUUAAAAUCAGUUUUGUAGAACUUUCCCUAGAUAGAGGGAACUCUGCACCAAAUAAAUAAUAUUGCUUACACUUCAACUUUUUACCAGUUAAAACGCCGUGAUAUCAGUAUGUAUGUUCUGCAUACUGUUCUUUAUACUCCUGCUAUGGUGCUGACGUGGGUUAGAAUUUGUGUAACAAUCAAGCAAUUCAUUUGUUGUUGAUUAUUUCCUUUAUUCUUGUGACACUGAUGUUUGAUUCAGGAGUUUAAGCCUAGGAGAAAUAAGGUGCUAGUCACUCUUGGAAGUCAAAGGAUUAAUUUGCAACAUCUUUUUAGCAUACGUACAUCCAAUAUACAAAGGACUGUGGAUUCUGCAAGAUGUGUGUUAGCAGGAAUGUUUGGAAAAGAGGGUUUCAAAGGCCCUGUCACCAUGCAUACAGAAGAUGAAGAAAGGGAGGUCUUGUACCCAAAUAUGAAUUACUGCAGAUUUUUAAAGAAUUGGGUUAAAUACACUGUUGCUCAUGGGAAAGAUGAAAUAGAAGGAUUCAAUACCAGGCAGAAACAGAUUGGAGAAAUUUUAAAUUUGAAUUACAAGGACUUGAAGCCUGCAGUAUCUGUCCACUUACGAGAUAUUGUUGUUGCUAUGUUGGCUCACAACAUGGAAAUUCCUCAGAAUAUUCUACAGAAUUUGACGUUAAUAGAAGAACAAGCUGUACAAGUCUUUCUUGUAACACAAUGUGGAAUGGAAAACAUAAGGAGAGAGUACCUUUCAGUAGCUAUAGGAGUCUUUUUGGAAGAAAUGACAGACAAUCUUUUCAAAAAGAUUGUUGGACAAAGUCCGUACAAGAUGAUGUUGUAUUCAGUUCAUGAUACAUCUGUAGCAGCGCUUUUGUUAGCGCUUGAUAUUUUUGACAACAAAUGGCCUGACUUCGCCGCUGAUCUGGCUUUUGAGCUCUACAGAGAUAAGGAUAACUGUUACUUUGUGCGGGUGUUAUAUCAAGGAGAGGAGAAAACUCUUCCUGGAUGUUCUGGCCCAUUGUGUCCUUUGGAAAAAUUCAAAGAGCUGGUCUCUAAAUACUUUAUAGACAGUUGGGAGGAUAAGUGUCAAGAAACGAAGGGAAACUAAUCAAUUUCUUCACCUGAAAUUGACAGUCUGAUUGCUGGAGCACCGUAAAACUCUGUGGUCGAUUGUGGCGAAAAUUUAUCAUUGACAGAAGAUGGGUCAGGUAUAUGCAUGGCUGCCGAAAUAAUUACACGAGAACUGAACUAAAUUAACAUGGCAUAAGGAAACCAUUUCUGGUCGAAAAAAAGCAAAACAUAUAUGAAAUAGCAUGUAUGAGUAUCAUGAAAGGAUUUAGAACACUGCAUCCAAAAGAAAGGAAAGAUUUUUCUUCAGCGCGUCUUGAAUCAUCUGGUUUCGAAUAAUGAAGGAAUGCAUGAUUGAGUAUUUUGACGACCGUACAAGAUUAUGAUCAUAAAUGAUUAAGUGGAACAAUAAAAAGUUCUCAAAUGUCAA